GGCUAAACCCUAGUCAGCAGCAGUCUGGAGCAUUAUUUCAGUUCGUGCGUGAAAUAUACACAUGAAAAGCACUCUGUGGCGACAAAAUUGCGGGAGUGGGACGGGUGAUACAUGGACUAGAAGUUCGGGCCAAAAGCUCACUGAAAAGUGAAAAGUGAAAAGUCACGUGGAAGUGGCAAUGGCAGCAACGCGACACCCUGGAUACAAGCUGCCGUAGAAGCACCACAGAAGAAGAACAGCAAUACGCGAAGAAGAAGAAGAAUAAGUGGCUGCACGGACUAUCGCGACUUUCAGCAUAGGAAAGACGUCUUGGACAUAAAUUCACCUCCACAAGCUGAGCUGUUUAUGAAACCGAUAGACGCGACAGGGGAAACGUCUAGAAUGUUAAGAUUAUGCCUGCGUCACUUUGCUCUGUUCCGAAGAAGUCCUCAUCCCAGCUGGUCGCCCCCAAAAGCCAGAUCCUUCAGUUCACUCAGGGAAGGUAAGCGCAGAGGGCUGCUGUGGAAGACUCUUGUUGGCCUCUCGGUCGGCGCGCCUGUGGCGGUGGGUGUGAGGUAUGUCGUGUCGGAGCCCAGAGAGAGGAGGAAGAUGAGGAUCGUGAUAGAAGGAUUCCACCGCUUCUGCAGAUCUCUCUCUGUGGGAAUAUAUAUCUCUGUGGAUUACUGGUGGACCACUAAUGUGGCUCUGCGCGGAGAAGAUGAGAGCAGCUCAUCCUACGUGAGCGAGAUGUCAGCCUGCCACCAGAGGGCAGCAGACCACAUAGUGGAAGGAGCCAUCAGGAACGGAGGCAUAUACAUCAAACUGGGCCAAGGCCUGUGCUCCUUCAACCACCUGCUGCCCCCCGAGUACAUCCGCACCCUGCAAGUCCUGGAAGACAGGGCCUUGGACAGGAGGUACAAAGAGGUGGAUGCGCUCUUUCAAGAAGACUUCAAUAAAACCCCAGAGCAGCUUUUUAAGACGUUUGACUAUGAACCCAUAGCUGCUGCCAGCUUAGCUCAGGUCCACAAGGCAGAACUGUUAGAUGGGACUCCUGUCGCUGUGAAGGUGCAGUACAUUGACCUCAGGGAUCGGUUUGAUGGUGACAUCAGAACGCUGGAGAUCCUGCUGGAUAUUAUUAAAUUCAUGCACCCCAGUUUUGGAUUCCGAUGGGUCCUUAAGGACUUGAAGGGUACACUGGCUCAAGAGCUGGACUUUGAGAAUGAGGGCAGGAAUUCUGAGAGGUGCGCAGAGGAGCUGAAGCAUCUGAAAUUCAUUGUCGUACCCAAAGUCAUGUGGGAACAAACCAGCAAGAGGGUGUUGACCGCAGAGUUUUGCGAUGGCUGCAAAAUCAACAACGUGGAAGAAAUCAAACGACAAGGAUUAAGUUUGAAAGAUACAGCAGAUAAACUGAUCCGAACGUUUGCUGAGCAGAUAUUCUACACUGGUUUCAUCCAUGCUGACCCUCAUCCUGGAAAUGUUCUCGUGAGACGAGGUCCUGACGCCAAAGCGGAGCUGGUGCUGCUGGACCACGGCUUGUAUGAACACCUCAGUCAACAUGACAGAGAGGCCUUCUGUAAACUCUGGAGGUCCGUAGUCCUGAGAGAUGAGGCUGCCAUGGAGAAGUAUUCCAAAGCCCUCGGUGUCAAACAGUACUUGCUCUUCAGCGAGAUGCUGCUGCAGCGGCCCAUCAACCUGAAGAAGUUGGGUAUGUCCAACAUCCUGAGCAAAGAAGAGACAGCCUACAUGCGCAAAAUGGCCACAGAACGCUUUGAGAGCAUCAUGAAGGUGCUGAAGUCAAUGCCUCGGCCCAUGCUGCUCGUCAUCCGGAACGUCAACACGGUCCGAAGCAUCAACAUCACGCUCGGGGCGCCGGUAGACCGCUACUUUGUCAUGGCCAAGUGUGCUGUGCGAGGCUGGGGAAAGAUUCAGGCAGAGAAAUCUGGGCUACUGCCUAGACUCCGGAUCUUCACCUGGGGGAGGGCAGCGUGGGAAAGCCUCAAGUUCGAAGUGGCUUUGAGGUCAGAGAUGGCCAUGAUGAAUCUGACGCGCGUGUUCCUAAGGCUGCUCGAGUACUUUGGCUUUGCCUCUUUGGACGCCGAUGUGUACGAGUACCUGACAUAAUGAACUCCUGUUGCCACCAAGGAACGCAGGAUAAGGAUCCAUCCGAACCAAGUCAGUGCAGCUCUGCAGCAAGGAGCUCUUCACUACCUUAGGGACCUGCUGGUUGCGGUGCUGCUCAAUGUGCGCAAUGUUGCCAAAUCAUUCACGUCAAGAUGGACAAGUGUGUACUGAACAACAGGACGGCCAUGCACCAAGCCCCCACUCCAGAGUAGCAUUUUAGUUAAUUUAAAUAUUAGUCUUUUUUUAGUGGUUUUAAUAUAAUCUUAUGAAAUAAAUCAUGCUCAGAUUUGAGAUAUUUUAAGAUGAA